AUGGACGAAAGUGGCCAUGUGCGUUAUUUAGGCAAAUCAUCAGGAUACUAUUUGCUCCAAAAUAGUCGCACGUAUCAAAAUGGCGCCUUUCAUUUUUCCGGUUAUGGACAUAAAUAUUCCACUCAUCACAAACUCUCGGCCCCUAAUCCCUUGGAAUUACCACCACCCGAUCUGUCGGACCAUCUCAUUGCAGUUUAUUUUAAAUACUUUUACCCGUUUUUACCAUUAUUUUACAAGAAGAAGCUGGCUUCAUGCAUGAAACCAUCCGGCGAUCCUGUUUCGCCUUUAUUACUCAACGCUAUCUAUGCUGUGGCCUCCCGUAUUUCUCCCGACGAACGUGUAAGGUCCGAUCCUGCCUCAGCCGAUACCGCGGGCGAUAUCUUUUUUGAACGAGCCAAACGACUUUUGGACGAUUACUACGACACGCCUGACAUUUCCACCGUGCAAGCCCUACUCUUACUCGCCAGUCAUCAACAAGGUGCCAUGAAAUCAGCCCGAGCUUGGAUCUACAGUGGCAUGGCUUUUCGUAUGGCUCAAGAUCUUGGUCUUCAUCGAAAUUGUGAACAUUGGAAUAUUCCACCCGAGGAACGAGAACGGAGAAAACGAGUGUUUUGGUGUUGCUUCAUUGUUGAUCGAUUAACCAGUGCUAUUUACGGACGAUCGUCCACCUUCGAAGAACGAGAUUGUGAUGUGCCGUUUCCGUCGGUCGAUGAUGAUGAGCCUAUUGCGAUAGAUCAGGAUACCAGUGCUUCGUCUCGACCUCCUGUCAGUACGAUAGAGACACUCAUCCAUCUGGUAAAGAUAUGCGACAUUCUCGGCCAUGUUUUGAAAAAUAUUUAUUACGCAAAGGCACGCCAUCACGGACCUCCUCAACACAUUGACCAGGUGCUCACCACCCUGAAUCGCCAAUUAUCCACAUGGUACCAGAGUCUUCCCAUUUCACUGCAAUACAAACCACCGAAUACACAAAACGGCGAAACAGGUCGUGAUCCGCCUUUGCCCAUUUGUCAAAUGCAUAUGAUUUACUAUACCACCAUCAUUUUAUUGCACCGUCCUUUUAUUCCGGGACCCGCUCAUACCACGGUAUCGCCCAUCUCAUUGCCAUCGUACCAGCUGUGUUUGUCGGCAGCUGAAUCGAUUCUUGACAUUGUCAACAUCAUGCUAGGAGAGAAUCAUUUGAAAUACGUGCUGAAUUACGCGGUUUACUACGUCUUCACGGCCGGUAUCAUUUUUAUUAAAACGGCGGCGUCAUCGGAUGCCGAAAAAGCAUUUGAUGCCAAAGUCAAUAUCAACAAAAUCAUGCAUGCUUUGGACGAAAUCGAGGUAACAUGGACCACCGCAGCAAGAAGUUGUAACAUUUUGGGAGAAUUGGCCGGGUUACGUGAUAUCAAUCUCGAAUGCGGCAAUCAUGCGACCCGAGCCAACAAUAAGGCCGCCCAACCACCGCCGCCUUCCAUUGCUGUACCCAAUUCGCCCGAGAUGUCGCAGCAAGCGAGGAAAUUGACCGCUCCUUUAGAUGUCAAGCUUGGCUCGGAAGCGUAUGCCGGUUCUCCGUCAUGGCAUGCCGCUCCCAUGUCACCGACAUCGCCCCGACCCAUGCAUGAUAAUCAAAUGUACCCUUCAUCGCAACUUUUAAGUGAAAGUUAUCGACUGUCCCCCUUUUUAUCAAGAAGUAGCAAUGCACGAUCGACGGUGAUCCCGGGGCUGGAACGUGUGUAUCACCGGCAUCCUAAUUUGGCCGCCGGUGUCGAUAGUAAAUUGACGGUUGAUCCUUUUGCCGCUCCAGGUACGAUCGUUGCCCACGGACAACACCGGCAAUUUGAUCCUUUAGGAACCGCGUUCUGGGGUGUACCAUCCUCACUAGACGCCGAUGAAUGGAGCCAAUAUUUUGGGGCACAAGGCGCCUUUGCUCAGCAACAACAACAACACCAGCAACCAACGCCUCAGUUACCGCCAAACACUGUAUCCCAGCCAGCGUUGAUUCCUUCCAAUGAAUUCAUUGCUCCCAUGGAACCUUUGCGAGCACCGUACAUCCAAACCAGCUCCCUGCCCUUGUCUUCCCAGCCGCAAUCCGCUCCGGCCACACAGACCUACUUUUCUCGAUCCGAGUAUACAAAAGAACUGAUUCACACCGACGACAGCGUAGACGUACUGUCGGGGGUUUCCAUGCCCAUUAAUCUCCCGGAAUCACCUUCACGCAGCGUGCUUUUAGGUUUUCUAGGGAACCAACAGACCGGUUUUGAAAAGGAUGCUGCCACCAAUCGAAAAGGAGCUCCCGAAUCAUCCGAAUUGAUGUAUUGGUAA